AUGGAGGCCGUUAAAGACGCCCAGACCGUUCUGCUCGGAUACGAAAAGGACAAGAGGUUCAAGUCCAGCGGCAAGUCAGGCGAUGUUGAGCUGUCCGUUCGCCCCCCUACUGCUACCGAAAGGCAGGUCGUAUGCGGCAAGAUGAGCUUUGGUAAGGACUAUUCUAUUCAACAGAUCAUGCAGUUUAUCAAUGAUCUCACGGUUAAAGGGACCUGGGACAGAGUUCCUGCUGUGCUGGGCCGCUUACAAGAAGCAGUUGGGUGUAUCGGGGCGUGA